CGCGCCGGAAGUGAGCCUCUCCAAGAACUGGGGGGGGGGAAGAUGGCGGGUCCUGAGCUGCUGCUGGACUCCAACAUUCGCCUCUGGGUGGUCCUACCCAUCGUCAUCAUCACCUUCUUCGUGGGGAUGAUCCGCCAUUACGUGUCUAUCCUGUUGCAGAGCGAUAAGAAGCUCACCCAGGAGCAAGUGUCUGACAGUCAAGUCCUCAUUCGGAGCAGAGUCCUCAGGGAAAAUGGAAAAUACAUCCCCAAACAGUCUUUCUUGACCAGAAAAUACUACUUCAACAACCCAGAGGAUGGAUUUUUCAAAAAAACCAAACGGAAGGUAGUUCCUCCUUCUCCUAUGACUGACCCCACCAUGCUCACGGACAUGAUGAAAGGUAAUGUCACAAAUGUCCUCCCCAUGAUCCUCAUCGGCGGCUGGAUCAACAUGACUUUUUCGGGCUUUGUCACAACCAAGGUUCCAUUUCCUCUGACACUUCGUUUUAAGCCUAUGCUACAGCAAGGAAUUGAACUUCUCACAUUGGAUGCAUCAUGGGUGAGUUCUGCAUCCUGGUACUUUCUCAAUGUCUUUGGGCUCCGGAGCAUUUACUCCCUGAUUCUCGGCCAGGAUAAUGCCGCUGACCAAUCCCGGAUGAUGCAGGAGCAGAUGACUGGGGCCGCCAUGGCCUUGCCCGCAGACACCAACAAAGCUUUCAAGACAGAAUGGGAGGCCUUGGAGCUGACCGACCACCAGUGGGCACUCGAUGACGUUGAAGAGGAGCUCAUGGCCAGAGACCUCCACUUCGAAGGCAUGUUCAAGAAGGAGCUGCAGACCUCUAUUUUCUGAAGACCAAGUGGGGCCUGGCUGGAUCGGCAACCUGGAGGAGCGCUUCACUUUGUACCAUUCGUUGUUUGAGCCGGAGCCUCUGAAAAUAAAGCGGCAGCCCUGCCUACUGUGGUCAGAACCUGGAGGCAAUGUGGGGAACAUACUGGGGGCAGCUGCCUUUAGACGUUUCAGAUUUUCUUCUGGGUCUCUUGGGAAGGUCAGAGAAAAGGGGAAACCACGUAACGUAAGAUUAUGCACAAAUUUGUCCUGGGAAAAAGCAGUCAGUCAGACCUCCUUGCCACUUGCAGUUAAAUGCCUGGUCUCCUGAGCCCAGACCUCCCGUCUCUUUUACCUGUUACAUUUCUAGUUGACAUUUUUGUAAUUCUUUAUGCAGAUACUAUACUUUCAUUCUGAACAUUUAGGAAGGUCUGGGUGAGCAAAGGAAGCGGGUUGGUUUUGAGUUUACCGAGUGACAAAGGACCAGUGGGUCCCAGACCUCCUGCAGAUAAGCACUCCAGAGCAGAUUGGGGCCAGACGUGGCAAACCAGGGCCCAAGACACCGCCCACUUCUCAAGUGCCUUUGGGAUCAUCCAGGACAGGCGGGAGGGCGUGCGGUCUAGGUCAGCCCUGUUUACAGACCUUAGAGAAAGGCCGAGAGACAACUGUUGGCUGACACAUUGCAAAGGUUACCAGGAAUAAUUCUGGGUGUGCUGUCGUGGGGAGGUGGCGGGGGGGCCGUUUGAGUACCAAGAAGCAAAUGUAAAUUGCAUGUGGAGCACUGUAAUCAGAACCCAUGGAUGGAGCUUGCCUCUACAAAUUAAACCAUCCUGUUUUCUCUUCUGUAAAA